UGUAUAGUUUUAACCGUUACACUCCCUUCUGUUACAUUAAUCCACCAUCAAACGUGCAAAGUACCUGUAAAUUUUUGUCAAAUUUAAUUUUUUAUUUUAUAGUUGUAUGGAUCUGAAUAGUGACCUCAUUUUCUUUAGCUUGUGAAAAAUAGGUAGAACAUUUCCCAAAAAUCUAUGCUAUUUUUGCUCUUACUUUCCAUACCCAGUUGAGAUUUUAUGAUUUUGUACUCAUCAGUUGCUGUCAUCUUACUGUUUCAUUUACUCAAUAUUUCUUCUUUUUUCUUGAAUAUAAACUAAUUAAUUCAACAUUUGAUGAUUUCUGUGAAAUUUUUACUUCGUUUCAGAGUGAAAGCAAACACACCCAGAUGAUUUUUCUUCAUUUUUUUCUACUAAAAUUUACUUAGAACUGAUAUUAUAGUCAUUCAUAUUAGUGAAGAUUUUCUGGUGUUUAUCGUUGGGGUUUUCUUCUUCCCAGAUUCUUACUGGUUUUAUCUAGUGUUGGUGUUUAGAAACUACUCGAAAAGGUGUUUUUGCAGUAGUCUUAAGUUUUGAGUGACAACUGAGAGUUCAGUAAUCAGUAUCUGAAGUUUUUGGAUCUUGGUAAAAACUUUGUCAGUUUUUUUUUUUUUUGGUAUCAGAUUCUUAUUGCUUUUAUCGGUUGUUAGUCACUAUUCCUAGUCUGUUUUGAGUGACAAAUGAGAGUUCAGUAGUCAGUGUUUGAAGUUUGUGGUGGAUCUUUGGUAAAAGUUUGUCAGUUUUUUGUGCAAGGAAGGUGUUUGUUAGAACGACUGUGUAAUUACAUUACAUAAAAGUUUGUGUUUUGAUUGAGGUUGAUUAAGAAGGUAGAAAAUGGUGAGAUCUAUGGAGGAUAAGGAGAUCUCUAAUGGAAGCAUUACAUUUGAGUUUCACAAAGGGAAUAGUAAUAACAAUAAUAAUGGGGUAAUUACUAGAGCCAAUCAUCAGCCUAGAACAGCUUUAGGAAAACCAACACCUUCAAAAUGGGAUGAUGCACAGAAAUGGCUAGUUGGGUUUUCCUCUAAUAAGGCUAAUAAUAAGCCUCGAAACUCGAAUGCUGAUGAUACAAGGUUGAUUGCCCCUAUUCCCCAGCAAGAACACCGUUAUUCUGGUGUAGGUUAUGAUGAUGAUGAUGAGGAAGUAGAGAAGAAUGUGAAUACCAAGAAUGUUGAUUGUGAGGAGGGUUUUUGGAGAGUUGAUGAGGUGGUAGGGAAUGCUAGUUUAGGUGUAGCUAGAUCAGUUUGUGUUAGAGAUAUGGGGACUGAGAUGACUCCUAUUGCUAGUCAGGAACCUUCUAGAACAGCCACACCUAUUCGGGCCACCACACCGGUGGGUCGCAGCCCGAUUUCUUCCGGGCCUUCCACCCCAAUGAGGUGCCAACAUGGUGCUCAAAGUAGAAUGUCUAAUUGUGAGGAAGAAGAUGAUGGGAGUAAGAUGGUGGAGAGUAGUAGUGGUUUGGAACUAGUUAAGAAGGUUAGUCCUUUAGAAAAUCGAGCUUUGGCUUGGGAUGAAGCGGAGCGUGCCAAAUACAUGGCUAGGUAUAAACGCGAAGAAGUGAAGAUACAAGCUUGGGAAAAUCAUGAGAAGAGAAAAGCUGAAAUGGAGAUGAAGAAAUUGGAGGUGAAAGCAGAGAGAUUGAAAGCUAGAGCGCAGGAGAAGUAUGCAAAUAAACUUGCUGCAGCAAGAAGAAUCGCAGAAGAGAAGCGUGCAAAUGCAGAGGCAACAUUGAAUGAAAAAGCCGUCAAGACAUCAGAGAAAGCAGAUUAUAUCAGAAGAACGGGUCACUUGCCUUCUUCAUUCUCUUUUAAGUUGCCUUCUUUAUGUUGGCAGUAGUAACUUCUUCCUCAACAUAUAUGUAUUUAGAUGUUAGUUUUUCGCCUCAUUUUCUUGCAUUUGUAAGCUUUUGUACCUUUUCCCUUUCGGCAUAUGCACUCGUCGCCUUUGAAAUAUGGAUCAAUCUUGAAAGUAAUGGAAGAUGAUCAAUUGAUACAUUUAUGCAUU